GUUGUUUCGUUUUCUUCGCUACUGGCUCGACGUGUGGCUCCCUAAUGGCGUCGGCUAGCGAUCUUUUAUCAACCUUCAAGAAGGAUUUGGAGAAUCUCAAAGACAAUGAUAAAUACAAAAUAAAUGCUUUGACUAUCGUUGCGCGCGAUCAUAAAGAUACCAUUGGGGUUGCUCAGAGCAUUGUGGAUCUUACCCUUAAGCAUGUUCAAAUGGUGAGUUAUUUAGUAUCUUCUACUUGUUAUGUCCUGUGCACAACUGUACAGAUGAAAAAAAGAACAAUAAAUGUUUUUGUCAGUUUUGAAUUUUUUGUAUCAUAUGGGUGCUGGGUUUGGGCGAAGCGAUAACUAAUUGCUUAAGCGCUUAAUCUAGCCUUCGUAUGCGAUUUGUCUAUUGAUAGUCGUGUAGAACCUCGUGAGACGCAUAUUAAUUAGGUAGCGUUGUAGGUUUCACGAAAAACGAGUUGUUUUUGGAAUACAGUUAUCAAACCUUUUAUUACAGAUACCGGCAGGAUUGAAGCUACUUGGCUUGUACGUAAUCGACUCAAUAGUUAAAAACGUAGGUACACCCUACAGAAAGUUGUAUACCGUGGAUAUUGUUGAUGCCUUUGUGCAUUCUUUCCAAUCGAUACGAGAUGAGAAGGGGCGGUUGAAACUGUACAAUUUGAGGACAACAUGGAAAGAUAUAUUUCCAAAUUCUAGGAUGUAUGAAUUGGAUAUUCGAGUGCGUGAGCAUGAUCCAGCUUGGCCUCUUUUAGCCAGCGCUCCUGAAGCGAAAGCUGCGUUUAGAUCUUUACCAAAUGUCCCAAAAAUACAAACUAAAACGGAACCUGUGGUAGUUAGUGUAAAGCAGGAAGCGAGGGAAACUUCUUUGACAACGAAAACCGUCAUCUCAGCUUCACGUGAUCCGCGUCUUAAUCGGAAACGAAAGUCACCCCAAGAAUCUCAUUCAUCUGAAGAGUACCUUAUCGAUCGUUCAGGAGAUCAAAAUAUGGAGUCAGUUGCUCGAAAACAAGGUAAACAGGCGGAUGCUAGUGAGUUAUCUAGAAAGGUUAUGUUGUUCGGUGGUGAGGACUGUGAUAUGCGUUCACAAAACACAGUACCACCUUCUCCCGCUAGAUCAUCAGGUUGGUCAGAUUACAUUGGAAAGCAUAGUGAAGUCUGUUCUCGACGAGAAACGAAAGACAUAGAUAUGCGUUUUGCUCCGUCAGACCCUCCACUUGCCUGUUCUCCAAGUUUCAGUAUUUCUGAGAAGAUAUCGAAAGGACCAUUAGAUGUGUUAGCUAUUAAUAAACCUGACGCCGUAACAUCAAUACCUCCUGUGUCCAGGUACGACACAGAAGAACGCCUUCCACCGAGUGAAGUACAGUCUGGAAAAAGUUUUGGUAAUUGUAAUCCAGACAUAAAAUUACGUCCUGAGAUUUUAAAAUCUGAAAAUAUUCCACCUCGAUACUCCAAAGUAGAUAAUUUCGUCCCAGUGAAGGAACAUCAUCCACCACCUCGCAUUGCAGAUUUCCCCCGAGAUAGACCACAGUUAAAUUCAUCCUUCCAGCCACCUGCAAUCCCACCUAUCCGUGGGCCACCGAUUCGUGGUCCUGUAUGGAGUGUUGAGAUCAAUGGAUUUCCAGACAUGGUUAAUAUUGGCGUCGAUCCACGAAUGCUUAGUCUUGUAACUCAUCCCAAGCCACCAAGACGGAUAACUAUUGAUGGUCAACAGUUCACACUGUUAUUAGAUAGAGUUCAACCAUUAAUAGCAAUUGGGGAUCGCAUACAUGCUGUACGAUUCCGGUGUGAGUUUGCUACUAUUGUUAUUGAUGGUCAUUGUUUCAACAUUCCUGGCACAGGUUUUACUCGUGUUUCCAUUGGACCUAGAUUCUAUGUGGCAUACCUAGGUGGUCCGGGUCAUGAACUUGUUAUCGAUGGUCGUCCACACACUGUCCCUACAACAUCCCACCUAACUUUUAUAAAUGUCGGUCUUCAUUCAGUCGGUGUAAAAUUUGUUGGAAACGUGCCAAGGAAUGUUAAUGUCUUACCACCUAUUCCUCCUCGUCUACUCAAGUGGGCAGGUCAAGGUUUGUUUGGUUCACCUAAAAAUCUGUUUAUGGCACCACUCAACCCUAUCAAGGAACUUGCACGCCUCGCCGAACAUGGAUAUAGUUCAAGAAACCAUGCUUCUUUUGUAAACAGACCUGUAGGCAAUGGAAAGCGACCGUCACCUAUGCAUCCUACAGAUGCUCCAAAUAGCAGUAACCAAAGUAAUGGACAAAAAUUACCAGAGUUUGCGAACCCUGAUAUCAGUAGUAAGAGCGAAAAACUUAUACCAAACAAAGAUGAGAGCUCAUCGAAUACAAGUACUCCGCUUAACAUAGAUGUGCAUGAGUUAUUCAAAAAGUUGGUUAAAGCUGGUAUAGUGCCCAGUACAGAACAUGAAAAGAAACCAGAACCUCCUGAGCUAGGGAGCUACAGCUGGGAGCGUUUUAAGAAUCCAUUCGCUGUUGAGAUUGACGAAUUAUAUAAUGGUCACCAAUGUGGUCAGUGUGGUCUGCGUUUCCAAAGUGACCUUUCACCGGAGUUUGCAAAGCACCUUGAUUACCAUUAUAUGAAGAAUUCAAGUUAUGGACAAGAACGACGCAGUCGUAACUUCUAUCAACCAUUACAGUAUUGGUUAAUUAGUGAAAUGACACGAGAGGGCGCCCCUCAAUUCGAGCCUGGUAGUCCGAUCCACGAUUUACAAGAGUACAAAUGCACAGCAUUCGCGGAUCCAUCGAAAAAUGUAUGUGCUGUGUGUUACGAAAGUUUUGAAGUAGUUUGGGAUCAUGAAGAAGAAGAAUGGAUGCUAAAAGAUGCUAUUCGAGUUGAUGACAAGGUAUAUCAUCCUAUUUGUCAAGAAGAUGCAGGAAAAGAAUUCUCAAUUAAGGAUGUAAGUUGAAUUUAUCGCAAGUCGAUUUCUUUUCUUGUAUUAACUUGUAUAAAGGCAUCUGGAAAAAGUAAUUGUACACUCAAUCUUAAAUGAAUGGUAAAUUUAAAUUAAAUUACUAUGAAUUCUGGAACGCCUGAUUUCUAAUGUCUGAUAAACCCUAGUUAAUAAUAUUUCAUUUUCAUACAUUAACCACUGAAUUCCCUAACUGAUGCUUCGAUUUUUAAAAUCCUGUAGUGAACAAACAGUGUAGCAAGUUCGGAGUAUACAUUCACUUAGUAACAGAUUCCCGGCCGCAUCUGAUACCGUGACUUGGUAGUCGGAUUGGAAUAUCUUAAAGAUCUAAUCAAGCUAUAUUGGCUGAAACUUGUUAUUUAGGUGCUAAUACGUAGAACAUGGUUAGAGAGCAGUAAGACUAAAAGUGCCAAACUCAAAGUCCGAGAACAAAGUUGUGCUGGAAACUGUACUUAGGUGUUGUGGUAGUAAAGUAUUCCCCCAAAAAACUAACGUCUCCAGCGAUACUACAUCCUCGUAACGAAAGGAAAGGAUCAGAGAAGGUUGCGUCUAAAAAUACCGUAUGCCGCCUUGCCCCGCGGGUCCCAGUCGCCGACGGUAAGUUUUAAAAGGUACAAAGCCGACACAUCUGGGUCAAUUCACGUAAAACAUAUGGGAUGACUAACUUGAUAUCUUCCCCCAAAAUGUUGUACACUAAGGCGUUCUUAAGCUCUUGGAUCAAUGUUAAUUUUGCUAUUUGGUUGUACAUUAGAUAUUUUGUUCAUUACUAUUUGCUUUACACAAUUCAUAUUCGAAUUUAUUCUAGGAAAAGAAAUUUCCUUCACCUGACCCUACUGAAAAUAAUAAAGAAUCAACUUCCUCACCUGAAGGUGUUAAGGAAGAGGCCGUGGAUGAAAAUGCAUUUACUUGUGAUGAUUUUUCAACGAAUACGGUUAUUCCUGGUCUUUCACCUUCUACCUCUCCACAACAAUGUGAAUCAGAGAUGUUAUCGUCGAAUACGGAACCUGAAUGUGAAUUUAAUAUGUCGUUGAAAACUGAAUCAAUUUUGUCCAACUCAACAAUUAGUGCAGAUCCUUUGGCUGCUUUAAAAGCUGUCUUAAAAGGUGAUAUAUCUUCACUUAGCGCUCAAUCUCAUUAACAUCUGAACUAAUUCACUUAUUAUUAUUAAUAUACCUUUGUACAUAUACUACUAUACAGAUUUCUAUUCAUAUAAAAUUGUGUAUGAAUUCAUUUUUUUGUAGAGCUUGUAAAUAUUUCAUACAAAUAAAUGGUACCAUUUUACGAUGUCAUAUGUUAUUAAAAAUGCUCAUUGGUUAAUUAAAUAUAAUACGGUUAUCAUAUAUG